AAACAACUGUCUGAGUGUGGAAGCGUUUAUUUGGUGAUAAUGUUGCGCAACGCCGACGUCUCGUAUUCAAGUAUAGCCCCGACCCGUGGAUCAGAUAAUAGUCAAUGUUUGUGUUGCUUCUGCACGUGGCACUGCUCGCACUGCAAGUCCUGUUGUAGAUCAUGUUUCUUGAGACUGCCGUACGGAACCAUUACAUCGACCAUUUUGGGUGCAUUUGGCCUUAUAAUGGCCAUCAUAUCGAUCCUUCACUCGACAACUAUAGCCGAUCGUUUGACUCAUGAUCUCAUUCGCAGAAAGUAUUAUUGGUUAAGCGAUCUGAAAGUUUGGUACGUGGUUUUGGCCAUAUUCUUGUCGGUGAUUAUUGUAAUCAAUUUGUUUAUCGGAUUCGCCACCACUGGAAAAACUGGGGCCAAGAAUGGAAAGUCGUGUCGGACGUGUGGCUGCAAUCGUUCAUCGACUACAACGUGUCUCAUAAAGACUAUAUUUGUGGUCAAUUACAUACUGUUCUAUCUGCUACUGGUGCUGACAAUUGUCGUUUUGUUGACACUAUUUAUUUGCUAUAUGCUAAGCAAUCUGUGCAAUGAAGGCGCCCAUAUGAUUAUCGACCCUCAGAAUGCCAACUGGCCCUAUCCGACCGAUACCCGUGCCGGCCAGUCGGCCCAAUAUAUCGAUUUGCGACAGUUUUCGCCGCUACUGUCGUUGCGUUCAAAUGAGACACAGUAUAUGUAUUUCAAAGACGAUAGGCUGAAAAAAUUGUGCGGCGAUUAUGUGUCCGCCCUGUCCUUCUACAUAGUCCUGUGCGCCAUAGGAAUGGUAGCCCUGUGUUCAGCGUUUCUCAACUUUUUGAUCAAUUUAUCCGUUAAUUGGGUACGAAUCGGUACCAAACAAAAGUACGCUGAGCUCAUGUAUCUGAAUGGAGCAGAGAUGACAGCAUUUAAUGACGGCGCCGCCGACCAUAACAGUCGCUAUUGA